CUUAUAUAGGUUUCGUAUGCGCUUGCUCGGUUGCUGUUUGAUGAUGUAAUUUUGCAGCUGGGACUUUUUACAUUUGGCUGUAGCCCAGGUGGUGGUGCUAGCAAUAUGUGGACUGUUUUAUUGAAUGGCAAUUUGAAUCUUAGUUUAACUAUGACUUUCAUUAGUAAUCUUGCUGCUUUAGGUAUGAUGCCUCUCUGGCUUUUUACUCUUGGCCGAAGUCUUUUCUCAGGAAUUGCCACAGAAGUGCCUUUCAUGAAUAUUCUGCUUACUCUCGUUUCAAUGUUAGUUCCUUUAGGUGUUGGAUUGGCAUUUCAAAAAUGGUUGCCAAGAGUAGCCAAGUUCUGUCGUCACAUCUUAGCUCCUGUGUCGAUAGCAAUGAUUCUUUUCAUAAUCAUAUUUGGCACAUAUGCCAACCUCUAUAUGUUUAAACUUUUUACGUGGACAAUACUCAUUGCAGCUGCUGCAAAUGUGUGGUUAGGAUUUCUUUUUGGAACUCUCAUCUCCAAAACAUGUGACCUCCGUCUUGAAGAUAUUGUGGCAGUUGCUGUGGAAACUGGUGUCCAGAAUACUGGGAUUGCAAUUGUCUUAUUGGGAUUUUCCCUUGAGCAGCCUGAAGCUGAUCUGGCAGCUGUGAUACCUGUUGCAGCCUCCAUCAUGACACCUCUUCCACUUCUCUGCGCCUAUUUAUUUUUGAAAGUGCGGAGUCGAUAUUUCCCACAGGUCCAAGAAUCUCGACUUUAUGUCAUGGAUGAUGAAGAGGAAAAGAAAGUUCUACCUACUCCUGACAGUUCAGAUUCUGUAUCAAAGGUUUUGUGAUAAAAAAAUAUGGGAGAAAUAUUACUGCUUAUAGAAUAUAGGGAAAUUAUUUUUUUGCCUUAUAUAUUUUUAAUUUAAAAUCUGGGCUUAAAGAUUAGUAUCAUAUUAUAUUAAAUAAGCUUUAUAUUAGGUCAUAAAGUAUAGGAGUAAUUAUGUAUCUCUGAAAUUCUAUAAUCUGUAGAAUAUGUUAGAAGUAAUAUUAGAUUAUAGUUUUUUAAUAUUGAGUUUAUUUACCAUUGUGUACUGUUCUUAAAACAGAUAUGUUUUGUCUGAAUCUCAGUUAUUUUUAGAAUACUUUUUAAGUUUUAAAAAUAUAAAUAUCUCUGUGGAUGUAAAAAAGGAUAAUUAUUUUGAUAUUUUAUUAAAAAAAAAUGUGAUUUUUGUAGAAGAAUUUAGUAUACUUAUUCAGUCUCGAAUAUGUGAUCUGCAGUUUUUCGAGGAAAAAUAACUGAAAGAAAUUUAAUUGUUAAAUUGUGUAAUGAAGGUAUUGUAUUAAGGUUUACAUAUUUAAUCAGUAAAAAUGUUCUAAAAUGAAUUAGAAAUUUUAUGCGAAGCUUCGUGCUGCUCAUUUGAAGAAGUAACAGAAAAUAUGCAUUUAUGUCCUGUUUAAAAUAAAAUGUUUCCCUUCAGGUAUUACAAACUAAAUGAUGUAUAUUAAAAAUUGUUCUGCAGAGUGGAAAAUAUGAAUUGUUAUAAGAAUAUUUAACUUAAUGAAAGUUAAUUCAUUGUUUAUUGUUAAAAAUAUUUUAAAUGGUAUGAAGACAGGUUAUUUUGAGAUUUAAGUGUCAUGUUAGUAUGCUUUUAUAAAAAUGUUUAUUUGUUUACUCUUGAGUUAAGAGUAUUUUUUAAAAAAUCUGUUUGAAAAAUACUUUUUGAGCUUUCUAGAUGUGUCAAGUAUUUUGAAUUUUUAAUGAAUGUAUAAGUAUACAUGUGUGAGUAGUUUCACCAGUUCAUUUUUGAAAAGUCACUAUCAUUAUUGUUGUAAUGUAAGUAAAAGCAUAGAUAUAAAUUAACAAUGGUUUGAAAAAUUUUCACCAUGUAAAUUAUCCUAUUAGUUUCAAAAAAUUUAACCUAGAAAUC